CAGUUGCAUUAUUUGGCUGGAGUCCAUUACCUGCAGAUUAUAACGUAUCUCAGUCGUCAACAUGCAGAAGCACGGAGCCAUGCUGUCUGCUUUGUGGAUUUUGGUUCUCCAUGUUUCUCCUCUCGGAUCCAUGAAAUUGACCCUUUUCAAAAGCCCGAGGGGGUCGCCAGAGGAUGGGGAUAUACGGUUGGCGGGUGCGGAGACCCACUCUCAGGGCCGGGUGGAGGUCUACCUUCACGGGGAAUGGGGAACCGUGUGUCACAACGGCUGGGAUCUGCCGGACGCGCAGGUGGUGUGUCGUCAGCUCCACUUCAAAGGAGCCGUAUCUGCCGUCGCUGGAGGGUCGUUUGGCGAAGGAUCCGGAGAGAUUUGGCUUGACCAGACGAAGUGUGUUGGCACAGAGAACUCUCUUUCUAACUGUUCCUACAAUGGAUGGGGAAUAAGUGAUUGCACACACAAGCAAGAUGCGGGAGUUAUUUGUGUAGCAGGCACUAGUGAGAACUAUGUGGACCAUAGUCUUGAAUUGUCUGAGGAUCUUGGGCAACUCUUUGACAGCGAGGAGGGCUGCGACUUCCUGAUCCACGGACAAACUUACACCGGCCUUAAACGAUACGAUGGGGAGAUGGUGAACACAACAGUGUGCGCACACAGGAUGAUCCUCUCACGUUUCCCUGGCUUCAACGCCUCUACUGAUGUUGACGAAAUAUCAAUUAAUCUCACCCAGACGUGCCGUCCUCAUCUACCCAGUUUGAUCAGGUACGUUUACACGCGGAGACUGGAAGUAACCACGACUACAGCCGAGUGUAUCCACCAGUUGGCGUCACGCUUUGGAAUGAGGAGGUUGAUGGAGGACGCCGGGCGCCUCUUCACCAAGCUUCUCCCUGAGGACCCCUCCUUCCUCACCCAGGUCUCCUUCUACGAGUACUCGGUGGGAGCAGGCGACCGGGUGCUGCAGGAGAACUGUCUCCAGUACAUGGCGUGGAACUUCCAGAAGCUCAGCACCUCCAAGGCCUGGAGCUCUGUGUCAGCAGAACUGCUGCAGGCCCUUCUGUCCCGCUCUGACCUGGUGGUGCCGGGCGAGACCUUCGUCCUGGCAGCGCUGGAGGACUGGGUCUCCCAGGUGAACCGGACGACCAAUGAGGAGCAGCAGGCCGUCUUGUUGGCCCGUGUGCGCUUCCCUAUGAUCCCCGCCAAGGAGCUCUUCGAGGUACGGUUCACCUCCGCCCUCUACUCCGCCCAUCAGACUCUGUAUCAGGAGAAGCUUCUGAAAGGGUUCGAAGCGCACUCGCUGCCCUUCGGCACUCUGAAGAACAGCUCCACUUUCCAGAGAAACGACCAGGAUUACCAGCCCAGGAUCUACACUGGCCCGCCGUGGAGCGUUACGUUUAACCAAAGCAUAGAAACCGUCCGGCGCCAGAUCAACAACCAGUACAACCAUCGAGAUAGACAUCGAGGCUGGCAGUCGCAGUAUAACUACCCGCAGUAUGACUACACGCAGGUGCCGAGAACAAGUCAAACUCACAGCACACCUGUCCAUAUCAGCGCUCUCUUCGCGGACAAAAUGGUUAACUGGCAGCUGAACCUCUUCAAAAAGCAAAGCGACUGUUCCAACAGUGGUGUGCGGUGUGAUUCACUGCCUGCGGCCAGAAUGAGUAUGUCCACGUCCAACUUCCAGUACCAGGGCAGCAUCCGCUACAGCAACCGGCUGCUGUUAAGCUGCCAUGGAAGAUUCAUUUUCCACAUUAUGGACUUCAAGGGUACAUUUGCUUAUGUGCCCACUGGCGAGAAUGUAACGUACCCCUGCGCCGAUGAAGAGUAUAUCUACCACUUUGUGGUGAGGCCCGAAUACAUCAGGCCCCCAGAAAGCCUGAUGGGGUCGCCAGAGGAUGGGGAUAUACGGUUGGCGGGUGCGAAGACCCACUCUCAGGGCCGGGUGGAGGUCUACCUUCACAGGGAAUGGGGAACCGUGUGUCACAACGGCUGGGAUCUGCCCGACGCGCAGGUGGUGUGUCGUCAGCUGCACUUCACAGGAGCCGUAUCUGCCGUCGCUGGAGGGACGUUUGGCGAAGGAUCCGGACAGAUUUGGCUUGACCGGACGAAGUGUGUUGGCACAGAGAACUCUCUUUCCAACUGUUCCUACAAUGGAUGGGGAAUAAGGGAUUGCACACACAAGCAAGAUGCUGGAGUUAUUUGUGUAGCAGGCACUAGUGAGAACUAUGUGGACCAUAGUCUUGAUCUGUCUGGGGAUCUUGGGCAACUCUUUGACAGCGAGGAGGGCUGUGACUUCCUGAUCCACGGACAAACUUACACCGGCCUUGAACGAUACGAUGGGGAGAUGGUGAACACAACAGUGUGCGCACACAGGAUGAUCCUCUCACGUUUCCCUGGCUUCAAAGCCUCUACUGAUAUCAACGAAAUAUCAAUUAAUCUCACCCAGACGUGCCGUCCUCAUCUACCCAAUUUGAUCAGGUACGUUUACACGCGGAGACUGGAAGUAACCACGACUACAGCCGAGUGUAUCCACCAGUUGGCGUCGCGCUUUGGAAUGAGGAGGUUGAUGGAGGACGCCGGGCGCCUCUUCACCAAGCUUCUCCCUGAGGACCCCUCCUUCCUCAUCCAGGUCUCCUUCUACGAGUACUCGGUGGGAGCAGGCGACCGGGUGCUGCAGGAGAACUGUCUCCAGUACAUGGCGUGGAACUUCCAGAAGCUCAGCACCUCCAAGGCCUGGAGCUCUGUGUCAGCAGAACUGCUGCAGGCCCUUCUGUCCCGCUCUGACCUGGUGGUGCCGGGCGAGACCUUCGUCCUGGCAGCGCUGGAGGACUGGGUCUCCCAGGUGAACCGGACGACCAAUGAGGAGCAGCAGGCCGUCUUGUUGGCCCGUGUGCGCUUCCCUAUGAUCCCCGCCAAGGAGCUCUUCGAGGUACGGUUCACCUCCGCCCUCUACUCCGCCCAUCAGACUCUGUAUCACGAGAAGCUUCUGAAAGGGUUCGAAGCGCACUCGCUGCCCUUCGGCACUCUGAAGAACAGCUCCACUUUCCAGAGAAACGACCAGGAUUACCAGCCCAGGAUCUACACUGGCCCGCCGUGGAGCGUUACGUUUAACCAAAGCAUAGAAACCGUCCGGCGCCAGAUCAACAACCAGUACAACCAUCGAGAUAGACAUCGAGGCUGGCAGUCGCAGUAUAACUACCCGCAGUAUGACUACACGCAGGUGCCGAGAACAAGUCAAACUCACAGCACACCUGUCCAUAUCAGCGCUCUCUUCGCGGACAAAAUGGUUAACUGGCAGCUGAACCUCUUCAAAAAGCAAAGCGACUGUUCCAACAGUGGUGUGCGGUGUGAUUCACUGCCUGCGGCCAGAAUGAGUAUGUCCACGUCCAACUUCCAGUACCAGGGCAGCAUCCGCUACAGCAACCGGCUGCUGUUAAGCUGCCAUGGAAGAUUCAUUUUCCACAUUAUGGACUUCAAGGGUACAUUUGCUUAUGUGCCCACUGGCGAGAAUGUAACGUACCCCUGCGCCGAUGAAGAGUAUAUCUACCACUUUGUGGUGAGGCCCGAAUACAUCUGUUGCACAGUUUGGCUGGGUUCAAUAACCUGCAGGUUAGAACAUCCCUCAGUCGCCAACAUGCAGAAGCACGGAGCCAUGCUGUCUGCUUUGUGGAUUUUGCUUCUCCAUGUUUCUCCUCUCGGAUCCAUGAAAUUUAACCUUUUCAAAAGCCAGAUGCGGUCGCCAAAGGUUGGUGAUAUACGGUUGGCGGGUGCGAAGACCCACUCUCAGGGCCGGGUGGAGGUCUACCUUCACGGGGAAUGGGGAACCGUGUGUCACAACGGCUGGGAUCUGCCCGACGCGCAGGUGGUGUGUCGUCAGCUGCACUUCAAAGGAGCCGUAUCUGCCGUCGCUGGAGGGACGUUUGGCGAAGGAUCCGGACAGAUUUGGCUUGACCGGACGAAGUGUGUUGGCACAGAGAACUCUCUUUCCAACUGUUCCUACAACGGAUGGGGAAUAAGGGAUUGCACACACAAGCAAGAUGCUGGAGUUAUUUGUGUAGCAGGCACUAGUGAGAACUAUGUGGACCAUAGUCUUGAUCUGUCUGAGGAUCUUGGGCAACUCUUUGACAGCGAGGAGGGCUGCGACUUCCUUAUCCAAGGACAAACUUACACCGGCCUUGAACGAUACGAUGGGGCGAUGGUGAACACAACAGUGUGCGCACACAGGAUGAUCCUCUCACGUUUCCCUGGCUUCAAAGCCUCUACUGAUGUCGACCAAAUAUCAAUUAAUCUCACCCAGAAUUGCCGUCCUCAUCUACCCAGUUUGAUCAGGUACGUUUACACGCGGAGACUGGAAGUAACCACGACUACAGCCGAGUGUUUCCACCAGUUGGCGUCGCACUUUGGAAUGAGGAGGUUGAUGGAGGACGCCGGGCGCCUCUUCACCAAGCUUCUCCCUGAGGACCCCUCCUUCCUCACCCAGGUCUCCUUCUACGAGUACUCGGUGGGAGCAGGCGACCGGGUGCUGCAGGAGAACUGUCUCCAGUACAUGGCGUGGAACUUCCAGAAGCUCAGCACCUCCAAGGCCUGGAGCUCUGUGUCAGCAGAACUGCUGCAGGCCCUUUUGUCCCGCUCUGACCUGGUGGUGCCGGGUGAGACCUUUGUCCUGGCAGCGCUGGAGGACUGGGUCUCCCAGGUGAACCGGACGACCAGUGUGGAGCAGCAGGCCUUGUUGGCCCACGUGCGCUUCCCUAUGAUCCCCGCCAAGGAGCUCUUCGAGGUACGCUUCACCUCCGCCCUCUACUCCGCCCAUCAGACUCUGUAUCAGGAGAAGCUUCUGAAAGGGUUCGAAGCGCACUCGCUGCCCUUCGGCACUCUGAAGAACAGCUCCACUUUCCAGAGAAACGACCAGGAUUACCAGCCCAGGAUCUACACUGGCCCGCCGUGGAGCGUUACGUUUAACCGAAGCAUAGAAACCGUCCGGCGCCAGAUCAACAACCAGUACAACCAUCGAGGCAGUUAUAGAGGCAGUUAUUACAACACGCCGAUGCCGAGAACAAGUCAAACUCAAAGCACACCUGUCCACAUCAGCGCUCUCUUCGCGGACAAAAUGGUUGACUGGCAGCUGAACCUCUUCAAAGAGCAAAGCGACUGUUCCAACCGUGGUGUGCGGUGUGAUUCACUGCCUGCGGCCAGAAUGAGAAUGUCCACGUCCAACUUCCAGUACCAGGGCAGCAUCCGCUACAGCAACCGGCUGCUGUUAAGCUGCCAAGGAAGAUUCAUUUUCCACAUUAUGGACUUCAAGGGUACAUUUGCUUAUGUGCCCACUGGCGAGAAUGUAACGUACCCCUGCGCCGAUGAAGAGUAUAUCUACCACUUUGUGGUGAGGCCCGAAUACAUCUGAGCCCACCGCCUCUCGGUGGUGGUGAUGCUGGUAGGGGUGGUGGGGGUGGUGGGGUCGGUGGUGGUGGUGGUGGGGGUGGUGGUGGGGUCGGUGGUGGUGGUGGGAGUGUUGGUGUUGGUGUUGGUAGGAUGGGGGUGGAUGUAAGAUUUGUGAUGGGCAGCCAUAGUUGUGUUUACAUGCAAUAGCCUUUAUGUUUGCUGCCUUUGAGAGGCGGUGACGGAUCCCGGUGUCCCUCUUGUCUCCUCUGAACCUUGGUUCGAUCUUGGUUUGGUUUUGGCCUGCCUCUGGUUACUGGGAUCAAACCCUACUUAACUCACGAGAAAGCCAACGCUGCCAUGUAUGCUUUGAAAGCCUUAAAAUAAAAGCAAUUCAAAUAAA